AUGGAACCUUGGCCUGCACUGGCCUGGGCACUCCUCCUAAGCCUUCUGGCUGACUGUCUGAAAGCUGCCCAGUCCAGAGACUUUACGGUGAAAGACAUUAUCUACCUCCACCCUUCAACCACCCCAUAUCCCGGUGGAUUUAAGUGCUUCACCUGUGAAAAGGCAGCAGACAAUUAUGAAUGCAACCGAUGGGCUCCAGAUAUCUACUGUCCUCAAGAGACCAGAUACUGCUACACUCAACACAUCAUGGAAACCACUGGAAACAGCAUAUCAGUCACCAAACGUUGCGUGCCUCUGGAAGAAUGCUUGUCUACUGGCUGUGUAGACGUAGAACAAGAAGGAUACAAGGUCUGUACUUCUUGCUGUGAAGGAAAUAUAUGUAACUUGCCGCUGCCCCGAAAUGAAACAGAUGCAAUAUUUGCCACAACAUCCCCCAUCAAUCAGACAAGUGGCCACUACCAUCAUGUGUCAGUAAUGAUGUCAUGUUUGUGUGUGUUAUUGGGAUUAACCUCCUAA